GCUAUCAACAGAAGCUUUCUCCGUGGCACUCCUAUUUGAGCUACUGCCUUCAUUCUGACGUCAGGAAAUACCUAUCGGGCGCAGGACAGACGCCUCAGUUGGAAGGAAUUGGUGGUGUGUGUGUUGCCGCGCCUCGACUGCUGACAGCAAGAUGAAUCCUACCUGUAACAGGUGUUCGGCGUUCCACAAAAAACGCCAGGUACUGCUGAUGGGCAAGAGUGGGUCUGGAAAGACCAGUAUGCGCUCAAUCAUUUUUGCAAAUUAUAUUGCAAGAGACACAAGUCGUUUGGGAGCUACCAUUGAUGUGGAACACUCGCAUGUACGUUUCUUGGGAAAUUUGGUCCUGAACCUCUGGGACUGUGGAGGACAAGAGGCAUUCAUGGAAAACUAUUUUGCUUCACAAAGAGAUAACAUCUUCAGAAACGUGGAAGUUCUCAUAUAUGUCUUUGAUGUGGAAAGCCGUGAGUUAGAAAAGGACAUGCAUUAUUACCAGAGUUGCUUAGAGGCAAUCUUACAGAACUCCCCAGAGGCUCGUGUUUUCUGUCUCAUACAUAAAAUGGACCUUGUACAAGAUGACCAGAGGGAUGUUAUAUUCAGAGCCAGAGAAGAAGACCUGAAACGCUUGUCUAAACCACUGGAGUGUGUCUGUUUUCGAACAUCAAUCUGGGACGAGACACUGUACAAGGCUUGGUCCAAUAUUGUGUAUGAACUUAUCCCAAAUGUAAAGGAACUGGAGCAGAAUUUGAAAGAAUUUACAAAUAUCAUUGAUGCUGAUGAGGUGUUGUUAUUUGAGAGAGCAACUUUUCUAGUUAUCUCUCACUACCGAAUGCGACCACACAGAGAUGCAAACCGCUUUGAAAAGGUGUCAAAUAUAAUAAAGCAGUUUAAACUUUCGUGCAGCAAAUUAGCAGCACAUUUCCAGAGCAUGGAAGUACGAAACUCUAAUUUUGCUGCCUUUAUUGACAUAUUCACGUCCAAUACCUACUGUAUGGUGAUCAUGUCUGAUGCCUCAAUUCCCUCGGCAGCCACUCUUAUCAACAUUCGCAACGCACGAAAACACUUUGAGAAGCUUGAAAGAAUGAGUCAGGGGCAUCUUCCUCUGUCUAGAUAAGUUAUUGGAUGUAGGAAUGCUGUAAAUAUUCCUCUUUUUUAUUAUUGAAAGUGUAAUAAUUUGAUAAAUUUCUAUAAGUAGUUUUAAGCUGCUAUAUUGACAUAAUGCCAUAUUAAAGUAUAAAUGAUCCUCUUUUUGUUAUUUAUCAUUUAGAAGAGUAUAUUUGUGAACAUUGACGUCAUAUCUGUCUUUGGCAAGUUUUAAAAGUUUUAUAAAUGUGUGGCCUAUAUAUUAAAGCCAUUAUUCAGCAGCUGUUUGAAAGAUUUGCUCUAAAUGGCAUUUCUGCUCUAAUGUCUUUCAACAGACAUGCUCAUUAUUUUUAUUGCAAUGCUUGACUUUGAAGUUAAUGUUGCUUUUGUCUCCAAAAAAACACCUUUUUUUCACUGUUGCUCAUUUAAAAAAUUAAAAGGAUUAUAAUGAAA